AUGCGUUUAUCAGCUGUUCCCACUCAAAGUCUAUAUGGAGCGUAUAAUAUCGAAUUUCCGUCACGAUAUCAAGUUGUGUUCUUGCUCGACUUGUUAGAUUACGCUCACGUAACCACGGAUAGUAUGCUUAUGAAGACUUCAAAGAAAAGCUAUUAUCGAUGGUGGGUAGAGUGGUGGCUGCGGAAGUUGUCGCCAAGAUACCUAAACUUUCUCUUAUUCAUUUGGUGUAUACUUUUUCUAGCUCUGUACUACCUGAUGGGAUAUUAG